UAAUCACAAAGCAAAGCAUAUCUCAAUGAUACUUCUUCAUAGACACAACUUCCCUCAAUUCACCACCAUGGAGAAAAUGGCUAUUAUAUGCUUUGCUUCAAUACCAAAUGGAAUUUUAGUGCUUCUUGCUUUAACUAUUUUCCAAGAAGUGCAAGGAAUUGGAGUUAAUUAUGGCACAUUAGGAAACAACCUUCCACCACCAUCUCAAGUUGCAAAAUUUCUCUUACACUCCACAACAAUUAACCAAGUGAGAAUCUUUGAUGCCAAUCCUGAAAUCUUACAUGCCUUUGCUAAUACAGGAAUAGAGAUAACUAUAACAAUACCUAAUGACCAAAUUCCCAACAUAACCAAUUUAACCUUAGCUCAACAAUGGAUCAAAACCAAUGUUCAACCCUUCAUUCCUUCCACCAACAUCAUAAGAAUCUUAGUAGGCAAUGAAGUUUUAUCAACAGCUAACAAACUUCUUAUUAGUACCCUUGUCCCUGCCAUGCAAACUCUUCACAUUGCACUUAUGACAUCCUCAUUAGACAAUCUUAUAAAAGUGUCUACACCACAUUCUUUGGGUAUUUUGUCUAACUCAAGUCCACCAUCUAGUGGUAGGUUUAGACAAGGCUAUGACACACAUAUACUCAAACCAAUGCUUAGGUUUCUUAAAGAUGCAAAUUCACCCUUUAUGGUUAACCCUUACCCUUUUUUUGCUUGCUCUUCAAGUAACCUAGAUUAUGUACUUUUCCGUGCAAAUUCGGGAUUUUUUGAUGAUAAUACAAAAUUACUAUACACCAAUAUGUUUGAUGCACAACUUGAUGCUGUUUAUUCGGCAAUGAAAAUUUUGGGUUUUGAGGAUGUUGAGAUUGUUAUCAGUGAAACGGGUUGGCCCUCAAUGGGCGACUCGACCCAAAUUGGUACAGACACAAAAAGUGCGUCUGAUUACAAUGGAAAUCUCAUAAGACAUGUUACUUCUGGGGUUGGAACACCUCUCAUGCCUAAUCGGACUUUUGAUACCUACAUUUUUGCUUUGUUUGAUGAAAAUCUAAAGUUUGGCCCAUUAUGUGAGAGAAAUUUUGGAUUGUUUCAUCCUAAUAUGACUCUUGUCUAUGAUGUCCCAAUAAUGAGAAACAAUGUAGUUGUUACUAACAAUCAUUCAAAAGCAUUAUUGUUAAUCAUGAUAGCCUUGAGCUUUUUAAUUGGUUCAUGGGCUUAAUUUUGUUAGCUAAUUUUUCAUUUCCAGUAAGCCUAUAAUGUGGGUGACCAAUUGGGUUUGGAUUCCCAGCAAUCAGAAAAUCUCAAAUGUAGAACAAAAGAUACUCUCUCCUAUGUUCUAAAAAAUCCUUUUUAACUAGUAUUAUCUAGAGUUAUACUUUCGGAUAUAUGUUUAAAUACUAAAGUAUAGUCCCAAAUUGUUUCAGACAUUCUCAAAACCCUAUUUCAAUUGUAAGUAUGGAGGAUUCUCCUUUCAAUUUGGAACCAAACAAUAGAAAAGCCAUUGGUAUUUAACCUAUUGUUGAGUAUCUUGCUAUUGGUGAACAAUUGAUUAUACAUAUGGUUCAAGAAUAAAUGUGACACUUAUUUAUGUAUUUAUGUUUCAAAAUGAGAUCAAUUUCUAA